CCGCGCACCUGCUUCUGCCUGACGUGUACCCGGAAGGUCGUCAGCCCAGGCUCCAAAUAUGUAACAGUGAGUUUCUAAGUGAGUCACACGGACGCGGUUGGUCUCCAGUGAAACAAAACUCAUCGCUUCACUCUUCUCAACGGUUCCCUCUUCGGAAGGAAGCGCAGUCCACAGCGUCGUCCGAGGGCGUGAUCGCCUGCGUCGCACCCGCGUCUCCAGUGGCCACCCCUUGCCCUACAGGAACGCGCAUCUGCUUAGCAGGCGCUGAGCCCUUGAGGAGGCCUAAAAUGAAUGAACGCGGCUGUGCCUCCUGAGCAGGUUCACAGUUGUGGGUGGGGGACAGAAGGGUGUCCAUGCCUAAGGUCGACGGCGAUAAGACAGACAGACGUUCUUCCCAGGAGGAGAUCAGUUCCAGGCCGGGCAAGGAUCAGACUACACCGGUCACGGUCAAGAGAUCUUUAUUGGAGGUAUCAAGCGGAGAAGGAAGAGAAGAGGAGAGAAGAGAGAGAGGAGGAGAGAAGAGAGAGAGGAGAAGAGAAGAGAGAGCUGCUAAACAGGUGGAGAGGUAUGAAGAAUGAGGAACACUGCCAGGGGAGUUUCUUCCUCUGCAGAAUAAGGGAGUGUGUACUGAAUUAUCUUUUCCAGCUCCAACAUCCAGGAUUUCAGCACUACCUGCAGAGUAGUGGGAGGAGAGAUAGGGUGUCAACUCUUAGCCAUCUGAGCACUGGGCUGGCUGCCAAAAACAGAGGUGAUGAUGUAACGUGCCAACUCUCACAUGGCUCAGGGGAGGAGGACCCCAGAACUCCAGGAUGGGACAGGGCAGCCACUUCUCACCAAGAUGAAGUCUUGCUGUCGCCCAGGUUGGAGUGCAGUGGCACAAUCUCGGUUCACUGCAACCUCCCUCUGCCUUCUGGGUUCAACCGAUUCUCCUGCCUCAGCCUCCGGAGCAGCUGGGACAAGAGGCGCCCACCACCAUGCCCUGCUAAUUUUCAUAUUUUUUGUAGAGAUGAGGUUUCACCAUAUUGGCCAGGCUGGUCUCGAACUCCUGACCUCAGGUGAUCUACCUGUUUUGGCCUCCCAAAGUGCUGGGAUUACAGGCAUGAACCACAGCACCAGUAUAAAAACUGGUAUCAUGUAAUAUACACACUUUCUCUACUUUAAAAAAAUUUGUCAUGUGGUGAAGACUUUUUCUUUCCAAUAAAUAUCAAUCUAUAUCAUUAUUACAUGGGUCUGUCAAAAUUGGUUUAAAUAAAAAAAAUUUAGUUUCCAGAUUUAUGCUUGGGUGAACGUGUUUGAAGUUAAUUUGUUUUUUCCUCUUUUUGAGACAUGGUCUCGCUCCGUCAUCCAGGCUGGAGUGCAUUGGUGCUAUCAUGGCUCACUGCAGCCGUGACCUCCUUGGCUCAAGUGAUCCUCCCAUCUCAGCCUCCUGAGUAGCUGGAACUGCAGGCAUGUGCCACCACUCCUGGCUAAUUUUUCUUUUUCUUUUUUUCGUAUUUUUGAUAGAGACAGGGU